AUGGGACAGCGGCAGCAGACUGACUCAAGUGAUCAUGAUUUCCCUGACCACUGCUCUGAAAUUAUUGAUCUGACCAGUAGAGUUCCUAAGGAAUCCUCCCAACUAGAAUCCCAGCACAAACUUCCAGAAGACUUAGAAGUUCGUCUUCCAGACAUAGAUGAUACAGUUAUAUGGAAUCCUGAAGAGGACCUCGUCAGAGCAGAUGGUGAUGACACAGUCGUGAUAACCCUGAAUUAUGUCAACAGUGAGGAUCUCACACAGUCCAUACACGAGGAAGCACCCCAGAUUGCACAGGACCAUGGACUGAAUUUCAUCGCCCAAGGUUUGCGUUUAGAUUCAAGCAACCAACUUUCCCCAUCAAAUUCAGGAGACCCACAGAGCCCCCUACAUGUAUCAAUUCGCAGGAUAAAAGUUGUUGAUGAUCUUUUGGCUGUAUUUAUGGACAGUCGCAUUCUGAAUGUGACUUUAAAGAUGAACUUUGUAAAUGAAAAUGCUGUUGAUGAUGCUGGGGUGUCAAGGGAGGUUUACACUGCAUUUUGGGAGCAAUUUUUGGAACAGUGUGAAGGUGAAAACGAACGAGUUCCAAGGCUGAGGCCAGACUUCAGUGAGGCUGAAUGGCAAGCAGUUGGGCAGAUAUGGGUGAAAGGCUUACUAGACCAUGGUGUCUUUCCAGUGAGGCUGUCAAGGGCUUUCAUUUUAGCCUGCAUACACGGAAUGGACUCAGUUGAUGUAGACAUUCUGAUUGCAUCGUUUCUCAACUAUCUGCCUCCUGUUGAGAGAUCAGCUGUUGAGAAGGCUCUCCAAGGCACAAUGGAUGAAAAUGAUGAAGAGGACCUGCUUGACCUUUUUACAAGGAUGGGUUCCCACUUCCUACCACCUAAGAACAACAUGCAGCCUGCCAUUGAAACAAUGGCUCAUAAGGCCAUUCUCCAAGAGCCAAAGUAUAUAAUGGAUUGCUUCUCCACACCCAUGGCACAUCUGCAGCUGAAACUGGCAGACAAGGAAAGUGUGUUAUCUCUGUAUAAGACAAAGAAGGCCACAGGCAAAAGACUAGUGCAGCUAUUUGAAGCAACAAAAAUCAUGCUGUCUCACGGAGAACAAACAACGUUUAACCAUCUUCAGCGUUAUGUUAAAAACGCUGAUGAAACCAAAGCUGAAAAAAUCCUGCGCUUCUGCACAGGAUCUUCUGUGAUAUGUGUUGACAAAAUUUUGGUGUGCUUUAAUGCUGAAACUGGGCUCAACAGAAGGCCUGUUGCUCACACCUGUGGAGCUACCCUUGAAGUGCCAUGCACUUACAGUUCUUAUCCUGAAUUUCGCACAGAGUUCGACAAUGUCCUUUCCAGCAAUUACUUUGAAAUGGAUAUCAUUUGAACUUGAUGAGUGUACUAAUGGUUAGAGCUGUAAUUUUUAUUUGUAUGAUUAUCCUUGAGUUCAUAAAUUCUGUCUUGUUUCAUUUUGUCAUUGAAGCAUUUGAUAUAUUCAGCCGUAUAACAAGCAGUCACAAAUUUAAUUUUCUGAUGGUUUAGUUGUAUGUUAGGUCAGAUUUCACAAGGACUCUUUAUUGUUAAAAAUUCUUUGAAAAUGACCACAUCUUUAACUUCUGUUGAAAACAAGGUUUGUGUUUAGCGUUAGAGGGACAGAUCACAUCAAAAUUUGCUGUACACAUUGUCAUUAUUUUCUUUUACUCCAGCCAUCAGCCAGAAUAAAGGCUCGCUUUUGUUUUAAGUUGAUUGUCCUCUCUCUCUCCUUGUCUGCUUUUGGGUACGUUCUCUCAACACACCUGCAUACCCCGCAGUGACACACAUUGGCUUGCUGUUUAUCCAUCUAGAAUGUUUUGUCGUGAGUUGCCUAGUUUUGGGAGAUAUUAGCUGUAGAGAUCUCUUCCUUGUUGAAAAACAACA